AUGAACUUUCUUGGUGGUGAUAAAUUGCCACGAUGUGGGCAAAAGUGGUGGAGAGGUACCUGUUGUCGGAAUUUGAAAUUUAAUCCAUUUUACUUACAGCAACAGGAUAAUGAUGGAAAAAUGAAGUCAAAAUUAUUAAUGGUACCACUUAGUUGUCAACCAUGCACAUCGCGGUUUUCUAAUCUAUUACUAUGGAAUCAAAUUCGGUUUCAAAAAGAUUAUCCUAGGCUUCAUCGAGACAUAAAACAUCCAAACUUUGAUGCAUACAGAAAAGAGAAGUUCAAGGAUGUUAGCAAAACCACUUGGCAUUCUCAAGAUGAAAAAUACGGUUACACUUAUGUGGUUGGCUUUUUUGGAUUACUCGGUGGAAUGUAUUGCACGAAAACAGAACUUAUUCAUUUUCUAGUGAGCAUGAGUGCUCCAGCUGAUGUUCUGGCAUUAGCUUCGAUCGAAAUUGAUAUAGGAAAUAUAGCACCAGGUGCCUGUUUAUCAUAUAAGUGGCGAGGAAAGCCACUUUUUGUGAAACAUAGAACUGUGGGUGAAAUUUCAGCUGAAGCGAAAACUCCUCUUAAUUUACUGAUAGAUCCAGAAACACCAGAGCAGCGCACACAGAAGCCUGAAUGGCUUAUAGUUAUAGGCAUAUGUACUCAUUUAGGUUGUGUUCCUGUUCCGAAUUCCGGAGAUUGGGCUGGUGGAUUCUAUUGCCCUUGCCAUGGCAGUCACUAUGAUAACGUUGGUAGAGCUCGAAAAGGUCCAGCUCCUCUAAACUUGGAAGUUCCACCUUACACCUUCCUUUCUGAUACACUAGUUCUAGUAGGAUAG